CUAGCUACAUUAAGACGGGCGAUUCGGCCGUUGGACGCGCCGCGCAAGAACCGCGACUUUUCAAUAACCUUCAUUCCAAGGGCGGCGCGACACCCGCAGAAACGUUUGUCGAAGCGCAGAUGCGAGCUGCUUACUACAGAAAGUCAUCCGCUUUGCAAAGUCGCGCGAUGCGGAAGGCCGGACUUCGCGCCGCGGAACCAAAACCGCCAGCUCAGCGGGAUUUCGGCUUCCAGGACAGUCGCGGUCCCUGUGCUCCAAAUGAAGCCAGUCGAGAACGGGCCACUUGCCCUCCCGCGACCACCAAGACUCAGCGUCCUCUCGCUGUUGCUGCCCCAGGCAGCUCUGAACGCCAUACUUACCCACGAGCGACAGUGAGCCAGCCGCCCCGGCCACGUGAGAGCACAAGCACAUCAGAGCGGGACUGGAAUGGCAGUCCCAGUCCCAGUCCGGCGGCCGGUGCCGACAAACUAGGCGUCGACAUCGGGCAACUCUUCCCUGCUCCUCAAGGUUUUGCCUCGCAAUCGCCCCAAUUGCUGCAACGGCCGGCAGCUGCACCGCUCUUUAGCGCCACCGAGGCGUUCUUCCCGGUGCCUCGGAGCCCCGAGACCCCCAGACAUAGCUUUCCCUCGAAUACUAGGCCUCGUCAGUCUCCAGAUUCCCAGGCCGCCGAGCAGCAACAGCAACAGCAGGGUCAGGAGCAACGGACGUCCCUGCAGCAGCAGCAGCAGGGGCACCAACAGCAACAGGGGCAGCUGUCCCAGCAGCAGGAGCAGGUUCAUCAUCAGCAGCAGCGUACAAGGUGUGACUCUGCGCUGCCUCUUGAUGAGGGAAUGGCGAUGGAGAUGGCGGAGGUUGGCGAUGGCCUGCUCUUUCUUGCCAUGGAUGCCCCCCUGUCCUUGCUGCCCCCCGACGGCAUCUGGAGCUGCAGGGCGUACCGCGUCACGCACCAGCUGCACCGGGGUUAUGCUAGCUGCGUGUACAAGGCCAUCUGCCGCUGGUCUGGCAGCGAUGUGGUGCUCAAGGCCUACCACCUGGCUGGGCUGUCGGACUUCCUGUUGUACCAGGUGUUGAGAGAGCUGGACAUACAUUCACGACAGCGCCACGAGGGCGUUGUGAAGCUUCUUGCGGCAUUCAAGGAGGGCGAUACACUGGUCAUGGUGCUCGAGUACGCUGGCGGGGGCUCUGCGUGUCGUGUUCGUCGCAAGCUGGGCGGUCGCAUGAGCGAGUUUCAGGCCAUGCACCUGGUUCUGCUGCCGCUGCUGGGUGUGCUGAGCCACCUGCACGAACAGGGCAUCGUGCACAGGGACAUCAAGCCGGAGAACCUGCUGUUCACGGAGAGCUGGCAGCUCAAGUUGUGUGACUUCGGAGUGUCCAUCUGCCUGAGGGAGGAGAGGGCGGUCACGAGGACGGGGUCACGCGAGUACAUGGCGCCGGAGGUCAGCAUCUGCCCGCUGAAACACCUUCCCGAAGACAACAAGGACAACCUGUCGUUGGCGUACACAUCCGCCGUGGACGUGUGGUCCCUUGGUUCGCUGAUGUACGAGCUGCUGGUCGGCUUCACGCCCUUCCCUGGAGGUCCUCCCCCGCGGCGGGAGGGCGCGCGGGGCUCGGCGGGGGCGGCGCUGGCAUUCCCGACCGGAGUCAGCCAGGCGGCCAGGGCGUUUGUGAGGGACUGCCUGCAGCUGGAACCGGAGGACAGACCCACGGUUCACAAGCUGCUGGAACACGCAUGGGACUUUCCUGGUGAGGAGAGCUGUUGA